AUGAUGAUGGUCAUAUCCCUUGUCGCUCUUGUGCUUUCAAUUGGAGCUGUCGGACAAUUCGUACCGGCCCCGACAGAUCUCACCACUAAACAGGGAUACGCUGGGGUCAGCGUUCGCUACAAAGAGGUACCUGUCGGUAUCUGCGAAACAAGAUCGUAUGUCAAGAGCUAUGCCGGUUAUGCAGAUGUUGCCAAAGACCAACAUAUAUUCUUUUGGUUCUUCGAGGCACGCAACAUUGACCCGGAAGAGGCACCCUUGACCAUUUGGAUCAACGGAGGCCCUGGUUCGAGUUCUAUGAUCGGCCUUUUCCAGGAAAAUGGACCUUGUGGUAUUGACCAAUCUGGUGCUGUGGUGGACAAUCCUUACUCUUGGUCGAAUGUCUCUAAUAUGUUGUAUAUUGAUCAGCCCACUCAGACUGGCUUCUCUUACUCCAUACCAGUUCCAGGGUAUCUUAACCCUAAUACUGAUAGAUUCAUUGUCUUAGACAGUACAGUGUGUCCAGAAGGCAUCACAACCUGUGGCACAUAUUCGCUGCCGGAUCGAGCCUUAACCGCGACUUCAACUGCAAGUGCUGCACCGAACUUCUACUUAACACUACAAGGCUUCAUGGGUGCAUUCCCACAAUACUCUGGAAAUGACAUACACUUCGCUUCCGAGAGCUAUGGUGGUCAUUACGGCCCGAUCUUCAAUGACUAUAUCCUCAAGAAGAACAGAGAGGCGAAGGCUGGUACUAAACGUAUUGACCUGAAGUCUGUGCUCAUUGGCAAUGGAUGGUUCGAUCCCAUUGUACAAUACCCUGCGCAGUUUAACAUGACGGUCUUCCCUGGCAACACGUACGAUCAUUUCCCAUUCGACGUAUCGAUCGAGGCUUUAAUGCAUGACAACACCUACGGACCUGGAAACUGUGUCGAAAAGGAGAAGACGUGCUACGCGUCCGGUGCAGAUGAAGACUGCAUCGAUGCCGACGAGUAUUGCUACAUAAAUGUGGAGAAUAUGCUCGACGAUUACGCCGACCGUGACGGAUACGACAUCCGUUACCUCACUCCAGAUCCAUUCCCGUACGAGUAUUACAUUGACUACCUCAACACACCUCAUGUCCAGUCUGCUAUCGGGGCAUUCCAGAACUUUUCAGAAGGCUCUGAAACUGUGGCUGAAGCAUUCGGUACUACUGGUGAUAAUGGCCGCGAGUCCGACACUAUUCAUGGCAUCCAGAGCCUACUUUGGCAAGGCGUGCAGGUGUCACUUUAUUUUGGUGAUGCUGACUACGUGUGUAAUUGGCUCGGCGGCCAAGUUGUCGCAGACAAGGUCAACGCGCCAGGCUACUCCGCGGCCGGUUUCGUCGAUAUACAAACGUCCGACGGUAUCACGCAUGGCCAGGUCAGGCAAGCGGGCAUAUUCUCGUUCGUUCGGAUCUACGAAGCAGGGCAUGGGGUGCCGUUCUAUCAACCUCUCGCGGCGUUGGAGUUCUUCGAGCGUGCGAUUGGUUGGACGGAUAUCGCCACAGGAUCGCACAACCUCUGGCCCAGGUAUAUCACCAGGGGUACAGAGAAGAGUACGUACCGUGAGGGAUGGGGCACAGUACAGACAGAGGUUACGCCUGAUGGGAGUACGUAUAAUACAAUGACAAAUACGCCAAAUCCGCCGGUGGAAAGAAGGAGUCUCAAUGCGCAAAAGAAGAGGGGGCUUUUGAGGAAGCCAAAGCCCGCGAGUGCAAAGAAGGAGCAUGUGAGGGCCACUGAGAAGCCCGAUAGUUGA